AUGAGUGCCUAUGCCCUCCUGUACUGCACCGUGCGGUACGGACUCAAGAAUGAGAAAGACCGGCUCCUUACCACAAAAGGCUCGACGGGAGGAUCAUGUGGAAUCUACGGCAAUGCAUCAAAGGCCGCAGCUCGCAACGGUCACCGGGCCAUUGUGAAGCUCUUCAUUGCCACAAACGUCGACGUCGACGCCAUCAGUGACAGAUACGUAAUAGCGGUUGCCACUGCCACGGCGCAGGACCAUAUCGAGAUCAUGCGUGAACUUCUGACUGCUGGCGCCAACAUUAGGCGUCAAGUGAGGUUUGGUUGGCUCAGCGGCGAUCGUCGUACCGGCCCGCUGUUUGUGGCAGCGUUGAAUGGUUCCGUCGACGCCGUCAAAGCAGCACUGGAACACGGCAUCCUGGACUAUUGGAGGCUGAAGCCGUCCUCAGGCAGUGAAUGCCCUUACAGCCGUCACAUUCGCUGGCAACUUCGCCGUGGUUCAGGAGCUUCUUCGACACCGCGACGUGGUAAGAAGCAAUCACGUAGAUUUUGA